UUAAUUGAACUUGUGUUGUAGUGUCCUGGAAGGUUUCUGACAGAUGUUUUGAAAGGUUUGAGAUGAACCUGUGAUAUCAGUCUUUGUCACGUUUGAAUGAAAAGAAGUGAAAUGUGAGAACGCGAAACCAGAUGGUCUUUGGCAAAACCCAUUUAACAGUGUCUGUGAGUCCUGUGAGGAAGUAGCUCAGCUGCUAACACCACCAGGCAGGCAGGCAGGCAGUGUGAUACGGCGUGUACCAAUAUAAAGGUGAUGCUUCGCUCUCGUCGUGUUGUGCGCCUGUGCGCUGUUACAUGGCAUUCACACCUACGCCAUCUGAGCUCUCAACCGUAUAAAGCAGUCAUAUUUGACAUGUAUGGGGUGCUGAUACCAUCUCCCGUGCCAAAGGCUAAAGAGUGGGAGGAGAGGAAUGGAGUUCCGCCUGGCACCAUUGGUCAAGCCGUCAGGAUGGGCGGUGAAGCCAGCAUCUGGAAAAGGUUUAUGAGAGGAGAGCUGGGUGUAGAGGAGUUUUUGAAGGCCUUCAAUAAAGAAUGCAGCACAAUUGCUGGAUGUGCGGUCUGUAUGGACUCAUUCCUCGAGGCUCUGACCAGUGGUGGCAUGAGGCAGCCUCUGCCGGGCAUGAUGGAGGCGGUGGAGAACAUCCGUGCCAGCGGUCUGAAGACGGCUGUGCUCAGCAAUAACUUCCUCCUGCCCGAUGGGGGAUCCUACCUACCACUGGACCAGAGAAUGUUCAAUGUGAUAGUCGAGUCUUGUCGAGUGGGUCUGUGCAAGCCUGACCCCAGGAUAUAUGAGCUCUGUGCAAACAGACUGGGGGUUUCGCCACAGGAGGCUGUGUUCCUGGAUGACCUGCCAGUAAAUGUGGAAGCUGCAACUAAGAUGGGCAUGCGAGGUAUCCAGGUGGCAGAUCCUGCCGUAGCCAUACGUGAGCUGGAGGAGUUGCUUCAGUUCUCGCUGUCUGACAGCGUCCCUGGGGCGUACUUGAUAAAAAAGCAUCAGCUCCCUAUGGACCAACUCACUCGCUACCUCAGGGAUUGUGGUUUUCUCCUAGAUCCAGUGACUGUGCAGAAAAUAAGCCAUAGCUCUUCACAACACACAUACCUUCUGAAUAGCAGGGGGCGAAAGAUGGUCCUUAAGAUGUUACCUCACAUGCAGGCAGCACAGAGAGAGCAAAGGACACUGACUGCACUUAAAGGAUCAAGAGUCCCAGUUCCUGAUGUUUUAAAGCUCUGUGAGGAUGCUAGUGUGCUGGGCAGCCCUUUUCUGCUGCUGGAGCCCAGAGGACACCGGGUCCUCCAGAAUCCAUCCCUCCCUGACCUCAAACCGGAGGAGAGGAGAGCCGUUUAUGGAGCCGUGAUCCAAACCCUGUGCCACAUACACUCUCUGGAGCCCAACUCUGCAAACCUGGACACAUAUGAGCGUGUGGGGCAGCUGGUGACCAUGUUGACUGAGCAGUACAGAGCUAGUGCACGCCCAACAAUCCCGGCCAUGGAGAGACUGAUGGAAUGGCUCCCUGCACACCUCCCCACAGAGCAACCAGCUAAGGUGGUGCAUGGAGACUUCAGACUCAGCAGCCUGGUGUUUGAUGUGGAGAAGCCCCAGGUGGCAGCUGUGCUGGGCUGGGAUAGGUGUGCCCUGGGGGACCCUCUCAUGGACCUGGCGUCUCUCUGCACGGCCCACUACCUGCCCCCUGAUUCGCCCAUCCAACCAGGACUUGCGCGAGGAGAUCUUGCUCAGACGGGCAUCCCUGAUGCAGCUGAGGUCUUUCAGCAGUACAGCCAUGCAAUGGGACUGGGGGGUACACCACACUGGCGGGUCUACAUGGCCCUGUCUUUCUUCCGCCUGGCAGUCCACCUACAGGUUGGGAGCACAGACGUUGGUACAGGAGAGAGACCCACAGGACAUGUGGACAGAAGACAUGAACUCAUUACACAGGUGGCAGAGUUGGCCUGGGACUUCGCUACCAAAGAGGGGUUUCGUGUGUUCAACGCCAUGCCCAGAGCCAACUCCAGCCUGGGCACUUAAGUGUGAAUCAUAUCUUAUUACAUUAUUUUAAUGCACAAAGAAAACCGUCUCCAUGUUUGGAUUACAUUUAGUACUCUGCAUCUGUGAAUGAGCAGUGAGGAAUAUAAAAAAGAGCUAGUGUUCAGAACACCUUGACCACAAGAAAAAUACAGUAUACACAAUCAUCAUUGACCCCUCAUCACCAAUAUGACUAAUAGCACUUGCACACUUGUACAGCAGAAGUGUGUUGAAGAUUAAAACUGACGGGGCAAAAAACAAAUUUGAGAUUGAUAAUAUGAGAUGAGUCCAUAUUUAUUCUUUGAAUGGGAAAACAUAACGUAAUUGUCAAGUUCCUGUUUGCCAUACAUAUGCACUAUUAGUAUUGCGUUCAUAUUAUAAAUAAAAUUAUAUUUUAAUACAAA